AUGCUUGGUCUCCAGCGAGCAUCUGUCAUUGUUUUUGACGAACCGCCCGGAAGGCGGCCAUAUCUUGGAGAAAAGUACGAGUGGUCUCGCAAGCGUCAGGCUGGAAGUGUCCGUCGUCAGCAAUAUUCUCAAGCUCUCGUUGAGUCACGACUUCAACGCAACCCGACCUACCACCGACAGAAAAGUCGGAAGGGCUUCUUGCCAGCGAGACAUCCGAUCCGAGGGACGGGUUCAAUGGAAGUUGGAGUCUUGGGAUUCUUGUUGUCCUCAUCGGAAGGAGGAAAAUAUGUUGUUGUCGUUGCCGCGCGGAGGAGGAUUCUCGUGAAGUCAUCCCGUCAUUCACCCAACUUUUGCCAACGGCUGAUGAGUCAGUGCGGCUCGGCACAAGCCGACUUCACACUCUGGAACUACUCCGAGCUCUCUCUUUUCGCCAAUCUCACUCACGUCAUCGUCGUCGCCAGCAUCGAGUUGCCGCGGAUACCAUUGUCCACGGACAAAUUUACCUACGCCUGUUCUACCCGACAGUACGGCAAGAGCACGAUGCUAUCUCUCACCAUGUCUCGUCCGUUGUGUCGCCGCUCCGCCGAACAACCGAUAUGGUCGUUUGGACAUCUAGCCAUCUUCUCGAGCAGCACCACUACCGCGGGCAUCGGUAGCAAAUUUUCAACACGUUGA